UUCUGCUAGAUGAUGAUGAUGAUCCAAUAAUGCCAAACUGUGUUUUGUUGACAUUGCAUUCAGCGAAUAGCAUUUCAACAUUGAAACGCUUAUCCAGUCGGAUUUCAGUAUUCUAAAGAAGGACGUACCCGUUUAUGUUGUGUUUCUGGAAAGACGGGGAGAAGGAGCCAACAAUACAUUUUUGUUUCAUUUAAUAUCGCACAAAAGUCUUAUGUACUCUUUCAUUUCUGUUGGUCAUUUCAUUAAUCAAAGAUUGCUGUAGUACCCAAUUUGUAGUACCUGAAUUGAACCAAGACAAGGAUCCUUCAUCUAUGGUUAGAAACAUCUCUUUGAUAACAUCUAACCAUGAGCUUCAGUUUUGAGGGAGAUUUCAAAACAAGACCCAAGGUGUCUCUUGGGGGAGCGAGUAAAAAGGAGGAAAAAGCAUCUCUCCUACACCGGACACAAGAGGAAAGGAGAAAAAGAGAGGAUGAAAGACGAAGAUUGAAGAAUGCAAUUAUCAUUCAAUCCUAUAUACGAGGAUACCAUGACCGAAAACAGCAAUAUGCCAUCCAGAGGGGCAACUUUGACCGCUGCGUCUGCCAGGCACAGUCAGAAGGUGGACCGCCAAUCUCCGACGCUGCCAGUCUCAGUCUCUUAACAAGGCAACUGCUAUUUUUCUACAGACAGAGUGAGGACUCUCAGAGAUUGAUAUGGAUUUGUCAGAACCUAGUGAAACACAAUGGGCAGUUUGUGAAGCUGCUGGCGGGGCCCGAAAGACAGACGUGUGUGUUUCAGAUCAAGAGGGUCCUGGGCUUCUGCUGCAGACUUCUACAAACCUGCAAGGAUGACAGUUUGAAUGUUGCCGUUCCCAUGAGGAUGCUGGAGAUCUAUUCCUCAGAGAGAACCUAUCUCCCUGUCCUUCAAGACGUUAAUUGUGUGGCAUCGUUAAUCGAGCAGAUUUUGCACUAUAUGGUACAGAAAGGAUACUACAGGUCGCUUUAUAUUCUAGUGAAUCACAAGCUCCCUUCCAGUCUGGAGUACAGUGAUGCUCCCUCUGGAGCACACGCUAUCCCCUUGGCAGGCACACUGCUGGAGCACACGCUGAAGCCCCUGCACUUUACCUAUUCCUCCUGCACAACAGGCGCAAGGCAGUUUGUGUUUGCAGCCUUCACGGAGGAGUUCAUCUCGGCGCCGUUCACGGAGCAGAUCUUUCACUUCUUUAUUCCGGCGCUGUCCGACCCGCGCCUCCACUUCCCCUUUGAGGCCUUCCUGGGCUCCCUGCAGGCCACUGUAGUCUCCUCCGCAGCGGCGCAGAAACAGGCGCCGUGGCUCUUCUACUUUGUCCUCUCAGCCGGGGAGACGUGCCUGGGUUCCCUGUCAGAGGAGGGCCUUCAGCUAUACCUGCGUGCUCUGCAGACCCUCCUACCCCUCCUUCCCGUGUCAGAGAGCACCAGCAGGCCGGAGGUCAUUAGUGACUCUGAGGACGAGGAGGACACCGACAUCCAGGCUCCGUCCACACAGCACGACAGUUAUCGGAUAUCGGUGCAGCUGAUCACGGAGGAGUGCGUCCACAAGCUGGACACCAAGCAGCAGACCAACGCGCUGCUCAACCUGGUGUGGAGGGACUCGGCCAGCGAAGAGGUCUUCACCAUGAUGGCCUCCAUUUGCCACACGCUCAUGGUGCAGCACCGCAUGAUGGUGCCUAAAGUCAGGCUUCUGUACAGUUUAGCGUUCAACGCACGUUUCCUGAGACAUCUCUGGCACCUGAUACAGUCCAUGACUACCAAAAUGAUUACAGGGUCCAUGGUUCCGCUGCUGCAGGUCAUCUCCCGGGGGUCUCCCAUGUCUCUGGAAGACUCCAAUCGCAUCAUUCCCCUCUUCUACCUCUUCAGUUCCCUCUUCAGUCACUCGCUCAUCUCUGUGCACGACAGCGAGUUCUUUGGCUACCCCAUGGAAGGUCAUGGCCACAGCAAUACGUCCAUGAUGCCGUUCACAUUGUCCGAGCUGGUGACCCUGUCUCGGUUACUAAGGGACGCUUGUCUGGGCAUUAUCAAGCUGGCCUACCCAGAGACCAAGACGGAGCACCGCGAGGAGUACAUGGCUGCCUUCCGCAGCGUGGGGGUCAAGACAAACACAGAGGUGCAGCAGCGCAUCCAGGCCGAGCAGAAACGUUGGGUCCAGCUCUUCAAGGUCAUCACUAACUUGGUAAAGAUGGUGAAGGCUCGUGACAUCAGACGACCAUUCUGUCCAGCAGGCCAUUGGCUUGCUGAAGAGGUCAACAUCCGAGCAGAUAAGGUGACCCAGUUGUACGUCCCUUCAGCCAGACACGUGUGGAGGACGCGGAGGAUGGGACGCAUCGGGCCCCUGCAGUCCACACUGGAUGUGGGGAUGGAGCCUCCACAGCUGUCUGUGUCUGAGGAGAGACACUUGGCCAUCCUGACUGAGCUGCCCUUCGUCGUGCCCUUUGAGGAGCGAGUCAAGAUCUUCCAGAGGCUGAUCUACGCGGACAAGCGGGACGUCCAGGGAGACGGGCCGUUUCUGGACGGGAUCAACGUCACCAUCAGACGGAACUACAUCUACGAGGACGCCUACGACAAGCUCUCCCCAGAAAACGAGGCGGACCUGAAGAAACGUAUCCGGGUGCACCUGCUCAACGCCCACGGCCUGGACGAGGCGGGCAUCGAUGGAGGGGGCAUCUUCCGUGAAUUCCUCAACGAGCUGCUCAAGUCGGGCUUCAACCCCAACCAGGGGUUCUUCAAGACCACCAACGAGGGCCUUCUCUACCCCAGCCCCACCGCCCAGAUGCUGGUGGGGGACUCCUUCGCCAGACACUACUACUUCCUGGGACGGAUACUGGGGAAGGCCCUGUAUGAGAACAUGCUGGUGGAGCUGCCAUUUGCCAGUUUCUUCCUGUCGAAGCUGCUGGGAACCAGUGCAGAUGUGGACAUCCACCACCUGGCCUCGCUGGACCCCGAGAUGUACCGCAACCUGCUCUUCCUCAAGAGCUACGAGGACGAUGUGGAGGACCUGGGACUCAACUUCACCAUCGUCAACAACGACCUGGGAGAGGCACAGGUGGUUGAGCUGAAGCCGGGAGGGAAGGACAUCCCUGUGUCCACGGCCAACAGGAUAGCAUACAUCCAUUUAGUGGCUGAUUACCGACUCAACAAACAGAUCAGGCCCCACUGCCUGGCCUUCAGACAGGGCCUGGCCAACGUGGUAAACCUGGAGUGGCUGCGCAUGUUUGACCAGCAGGAGAUCCAGGUUUUGAUAUCUGGAGCUCAUGUGCCCAUUUGCCUUGACGACCUGAAGACGUUUACAAACUACUCAGGUGGUUACACUGCCACCCACCCUGUCAUUACCAUCUUCUGGGAGGUGGUAGAGAGCUUCACCGAUGAAGAGAAACGCAAGCUGCUCAAGUUUGUCACCAGUUGCUCGCGGCCUCCUCUCCUGGGCUUCAAGGAACUGUACCCAGCUUUCUGCAUCCAUAACGGGGGGAAUGACCUAGAGCGCCUGCCCACAGCUUCCACCUGCAUGAACCUGCUUAAGCUGCCCGAGUUCUGCGACCAGCACCUGAUGAGGAACAAGCUUCUGUACGCCAUUGAGUCCUCCGCAGGCUUCGAGCUCAGCUGAGGGGGGACAUCUGUGUCUUACUCCCUGCAACCACUGAUUCAAUUGACAUGGACGGGCCAGAGAAGACUUCCUGUUGAGAGCGAGAGAACGAACAUGAUGAACUGAUAUCUCUCUUUGACUGUGUGUAGAACAGAAACGGGGGUGAAGGGAUUGUCACCCAAGAGUGGGACGAGGGAAGAAUGGGGGGGGGGGGGGGGAGCGCAGAAUGUUUUGGUUUUAAAGUAACUUACAUGUGUAUUCAAAAUCCCCAAAAGAGCAGCAACAAUAGAAUCUCGAGGCUGUUUUUUUAAGACUUUGCGCAAAAGAAACAGACAAGAUCUACUGUGAGUGUGUCCAUGACCCUUCAGCAGAGUGCAUUAUGAAAUAAACGACAAUAACAAUCGUGUUCACCAAAGAUCGAACAGUGCUGUCUGAGGAGGAGAGAGGAACCGGCAAUACGAGGACAGAAAUGGGGUGACACACAGGACUGCAGCACUCCUUACACCUCUGUCUCAAGGGCUUUGAGAGGGCCAGCUUGUCUGUUAAGGGCCUGUCCCUAAUGGCAUCCUAUGGCCCUGGCCAAAAGUAGUGAACUAUAAAGGGACUUGGGUGCCAUUUAGGACACGUUUUCUACUAGAGGUAAUAUAAACUCACUUAGUUUUGUGAUUACUGUAAUGAUUAUUAUUAUUAAUAGUAAUUUCAUAACAUAAAAAUGCAAAUGCUUUGGGCAGGCUACUGUGUUGUUUUUCAAGGCAAAGAGACGAGUAUUGCUAAGAGAGUGGAKUAUUGAUUAUGGAAUAUUUGUGAAUAUGUAUAUGUGUUUACACCACUCUUGUACGAUUCCUUUAAUCAGUAUUUGUACAGGUUGCUUUUCUUGUGUUUUGAAGGAAGGCCUCGUGUUCUCACACACAUUAAAGUGAACCAUCUAUUCUACACUAUGUGCCCUGGCUGCAGUGAUUAUCCACCUAUGGAGCAACAGCUGUGGAUGUGUCCCAAGUGGCACCCUAUUCCCUAAUUAGUGAAUAAGGUGUCAUUUGGGAUGGACACUGUCAAGUUGAUAAGGCUAGUGAAACCUGACUAUCCAUGUAUCACCAGACUGGAAAAAUUUGUCUCUGAAUAUGAUUAAAUAUGUUUUUUUGUUUUU